CUCUUCAACGGGGAUUUUGUGGACCGGGGGUCCUUCUCGGUGGAGGUGAUCCUCACCCUCUUCGGAUUCAAGCUGCUCUACCCCGACCAUUUCCACUUACUCCGAGGGAACCACGAAACGGACAACAUGAACCAGAUCUACGGCUUCGAGGGCGAGGUGAAAGCCAAGUACACGGCCCAGAUGUUCGAGCUCUUCAGCGAAGUCUUUGAGUGGCUCCCCUUGGUGCACUGCAUCAAUGGGAAAGUCUUGAUAAUGCAUGGUGGACUCUUCAGUGAAGACGGCGUCAUGUUAGACGAUAUCAGGAAGAUUGAGAGGAAUCGUCAACCUCCAGACUCAG